AUGCUGCGGCUGUGGCGAGCUCCUCGGGUGCCGCUCGCGAGGGGGUUUGCUGCGCUCCCUGUACCAGCCGCAGAGGGCGGCGUGGCUGCCAAAAGGAAGCAGAAGCAGUACUACGCGACUAUCCUAGAGAAGUACCCGCGACAAGUUAAAGGUGUCUUCUCCGAUGAGGCGCUGAACCGCACGGUGGCCUUCUUGGCAGACCGAGGGAUCUCCAGGACGAAAGCGAUGCAGGCCGUCGCAAAUUUUGUUCCGCUGGUUACGUACUCAACGGAGCUGCUGGAGAGCAAGAUAAGCUGGCUGGAGGAGUUGGGUCUGAGUCACGACAAGAUCAACGUCGCGAUUUUGCGGAACCCAUCCAUGCUGGGACACACGACUGAGAGGUACAUGACGCUGGUAAACUGGUUCCUCGCACAUGGUGUGCCCGAAGCAAAAUUGCCUUUCCUGUUUAUCAUUGGUCCCAGCCUGCUGAGCCUCAGCAGCAACACCCUGGACUCGAAAUUAGAUUUCUUCCGGGAGAUUGGACUCACCGACGAGCAGCUCACGGGUAUUCUGAAGAGGGCGCCGCAAGUUCUUUGCUAUUCGACUGAAAGCAUGAACAGCAAGCUGGACUACAUGGUGCAGCUUGGCAUACCUCGAGAACGUCUGCCACAACUUCUUCCGAAUGCUCCUGACAUCCUUGGAUUGAGAAUGUCGAGAAUUCAGGAGACUUUCGACGCGCUGGACGAAAUGUUCGGUGACGGGGCCGGUUCUCAAGCAAUCGAGCGCCACUUUCGUCUGCUCUCGUACAAUGUGGAGGGACUCCGGCGAGCUUUCGACUACCUUGUGUCGGUCGUGGGCCUGACCCCAGACCGGCUGCAGUCCUGCACAAGAUACUUAAGCCGCAGCAGAGACGACAUCCUUCGACCGCGAUUUGAGUUCUUGAAGGGCCAAGGCGUAGACCCGGCUACCAGGACUACCUGGAUCUUGCUAUCGGAUCGUGUGUUCGGUGAAACUUACCCCGGCUACGAAGCAUACCUGGCCGAGUACAAGGCGCAUCAAAAAUAG